CAGCAACAGGGGGAAUCAAGUAGGCUGGGCGCCCCGCACCCAGGCGGGGGAGGGAGCUGCGCCGCAGCAAGUUCCGCAGGGUGGGGCGUCCCCCUCCCCACACAGCCCAGCCUUAGCCGGCCCUCAGGCCAGUGGGAGGAGCUGCUCGUGCUCCCCUCCGGGGGACCACAGGGCUAUAAAGCCGCCCCGCAGCUGUCUGCGGCUCCUUUCCGCCCUGUCCUAACUCUGAGAGCGGUGAUCACCAGCAGUCAUGAGCCACCAUCCGUCGGGCCUCCGGGCCAGCAUCAGCUCCACCUCAUACCGCCGCACCUUCGGGCCUCCACCCUCACUGUCUCCUGGGGCCUUCUCCUACUCGUCCAGCUCGCGCUUCUCAAGCAGCCGCCUGCUGGGAUCGGCGUCCCCGAGUUCCUCGGUGCGCUUGGGCAGCUUCCGUGCCCCUCGAGCUGGGGCCCUGCGCCUGCCCUCAGAGCGCCUCGACUUCUCCAUGGCCGAGGCCCUCAACCAGGAGUUCCUGGCCACUCGCAGCAACGAGAAGCAAGAGCUACAGGAGCUCAAUGACCGCUUCGCGAACUUCAUUGAGAAGGUGCGUUUUCUAGAGCAGCAGAAUGCAGCCCUGCGCGGCGAGUUGAGCCAGGCCCGGGGCCAGGAGCCAGCGCGCGCCGACCAGCUGUGCCAGCAAGAGCUGCGAGAGCUGCGGCGAGAGCUAGAGCUGCUGGGGCGUGAGCGCGACCGGGUGCAGGUGGAACGAGACGGGCUUGCAGAGGAUCUGGCGGCGCUCAAACAGAGGUUGGAGGAAGAGACGCGAAAAAGAGAGGAAGCGGAGCACAACCUCGUGUUCUUCCGCAAGGAUGUGGACGAUGCCACCCUGUCCCGCCUGGAACUAGAGCGCAAGAUUGAGUCCCUGAUGGAUGAAAUUGAGUUCCUCAAGAAGCUGCACGAGGAGGAGCUGCGAGACCUGCAGGUGAGCAUGGAGAGUCAGCAGGUGCAGCAGGUGGAGGUAGAGGCCACGGUGAAGCCAGAGCUGACCGCGGCGCUGAGGGACAUCAGGGCGCAGUAUGAGAACAUCGCAGCAAAGAAUCUGCAGGAAGCAGAGGAGUGGUACAAAUCCAAGUAUGCAGACCUGUCCGAUGCUGCCAACCGGAACCAUGAGGCCCUGCGCCAGGCCAAGCAGGAGAUGAACGAGUCUCGACGCCAGAUCCAGAGCCUGACAUGCGAAGUGGACGGGCUGCGCGGCACGAAUGAGGCGCUGCUCAGACAGCUGCGGGAGCUGGAGGAGCAGUUCGCCCUAGAGGCAGGUGGGUAUCAAGCCGGGGCCGCGAGGCUCGAGGAGGAGCUGCGACAGUUAAAGGAAGAGAUGGCGCGGCACUUGCGUGAGUACCAGGAGCUUCUGAACGUCAAGAUGGCCCUGGACAUCGAGAUAGCAACCUACCGGAAAUUGCUGGAGGGCGAAGAAAGCCGGAUCUCCGUGCCCAUCCAUUCCUUUGCUUCUUUAAGUUUAAAGACAACCGUGCCUGAGGUGGAGCCUUCCCAGGACAUCCACAGCCGGAAGAUGGUUCUAAUCCGAACAAUUGAGACCCGGGAUGGGGAGCAGGUGGUGACAGAGUCCCAGAAGGAGCAGCAUAGUGAGCUUGACAAAUCUUCCACUCACAGCUAUUGAGCCCCUUGGCUGGAAGGUCCCUGCUCCUGCUCUAGGCCUACUCUAAGCCUGGACCCUAAAACUAUCCCUGAAUGAGUUUCCCCUCCUCUGCAUGUGUCUGGGGUGGCAUCAAUCCCCCCACCCCUGUCUCUUAGCUAAGUCCUACCUGGCCAGCACUAGCUGAGCCUCUUCCUGACCUGAUACAUAUACUUAUUUCUUUGUGUCUUGGUAAGAGGCUGAUGAGUACCAGGACAAGUCUGCUCCAGUCAUGAUCCCAUGGUGGGGAUGGGUAGGGUCUGAGUCUGAGUUUCACUGUUGAGUCAAAUAAAAUUGCUAUUAAGAGAAACCUCCAGUGUAUUUGUG